AUGGCCGACUCCGGCUCCGGCUCCGGCUCCGGCACUUCCGCAUCCGCCUCGGACGUCAUCACCUACAUCGGCGUUCCUCUCGCCGUCCUCGGCGUCCUCCCCAUCCUCUACAACACCGUCGUCACCCUCGCCGCCCGCUCCCGCAUCCGCCGCAUGCUCCGCCAUGCCCGCCUGACCGCCCUGACCCGCUCCGACAUCGUCAACCGCGUCAUCGAGGUCGACCUGCCGCGCUACGCCAUCACCCCCUGGGACCGCUUCGACCACCGCGAACAGUACUGGUCCCUCUCCCGCCACCCCUCCUCCAUCCCCGGCGGGUCGUGGACCGUCUUCAACUGGCGGACCAACACCAUCGGCCUCAAGACUCAGAGGGUCGAGUACGCCGACCAGCUGUGCCUGCCCCAGGCCGAUAUCAACUUCGAGGACCUGGUCUCGUACCUUCUGGACCUCGGUGCCGUCCCCGAUGCUCACGGGUGGAGAUUGCUCAGAACCACCGGGUUAUGGACCCCCGUCGGCUGCACUCUGAUGCACAGCCCGGACGGCCAGCACAAGGCCCUUGCCAUUGCGCCUCUGAACGACUCCGACGGCCACCUCUCGUUAUCUGUAACCUGGUCCUCCCACUGGACCACGAGAAGCCAUCGGUCUCUACCGCCUUAUUGGCUCCGCCUUCCUCCGCCUCCCGAGGUCCCUCCGACCAAUCCCGAACCCGAACCGGCCGGGGACGCCAAAGAGCCAUCCUCCCGGGCAUCCUCUCUCUCCAGCAUAUCCCGCGCCGUCGACGCCGUCGCCAAAUCCCCAAUCGCCUGCAAGCUCUCCUCCCACGGCCUCAUCGCCGCCCACUCCGAGGUCGAGGGCCGCCCCGCCACGCCCCUGCACAUCGACCACGUCCGCGUCCGGCCGGGCCUGUCCGCCGGCGUGUGGUUCGCGAGCGCCGCCACGGCCUACGGCACCUCGAGCACCACCGUCCUCUGGAGCUACACCAUUCCCGACGACGUCCUGCGCUUCGCCCGGGCUUCCUCCGUGCCCUGCGGCGUGCUCGAGCUCCUGGGUCUCGUUGACGCCUCCCAGACCCCUGAGUGGGCGAGCUCGCACGACGACAUGCGGGACAACCUCGACCUCGUGAGCCGGCGCAUGCGCGAGCAGCGCAACGCCAUGGCCGCCGAGUCGAGGAUGAGCCCCAAGGACAAGGAGCAGGCCGUCCGUGACCGCAUGCGGAAGGAGGCAGAGCAACGCCUAGAUGACCUCAAGGACAAGAUGCGCCUCGACGUCCAGCGCCGCGACCUCCGCACCCACGAGGCCAUCCAGUCGCCCAAAUGGGACGCCGCCCUCGUGGCCUCCCACGCCCUCCCCUGGCUCCGGCAGGGCGGCCACCUCGCCCCCGAGACCGCCGCCGACCCCCGCGCCGCUGCCGCCGCCCUGCUGCACCGCAUGCUCCGCGACGGCGCCUUCGCCGCCCAGACCCGCCGCCGUGCUCGACGCCUGGAAGGCCUGGGCCGACAACGGCGGGAUGCGCAAGGCCGACCUCGACGCGCUCCGCGAGGCGCCCGCGCCCUUUGCGCUCGCGAGCCUGCUCGUCGCCGUCAUUCGGGAUGCGGGCACCGCGGCCGAGGGCGGGCCGAGCGUGGAUUUGCAGGAGUGCCUGGGCAUGUGGCGACAGGUGAGGUUAGGUUAGUAGGGGGGUUGUAUGUGUAUUAG